AUGCCAAGCAGACUCGCCGCGGCGUGCGCGAGCGCUGCCAUUGUUGACACACGCACGCCCGCAUCCUACGUUUCGGCGCACCUAUCCGGUUCCUCCUCCUUCCCGCUCGCCGAACUGCCGGAGCGGAGCGGAGAGCUGCCGCCCGCGACCGCAGGCGGCGUGUGGGUGCUGGCAGAGGCGGACGAGCUCACGGCGUCGCUAGCCUUUCUCGGCGGCGGCGGUGGCGGCGCCAAGGCGGCCGGCUGGCGCAUCCUCGGCUCGCUGACCUCGACGGCCGCGCUGUGGGACGCCGCGGCGGCGGCAGGGCUGGUUGAGCGUGGGGCGGUGUCGCGGCGCCUCUGGUCGCCCUCUCCGCACCUGCCUCGCGUCGCGAGCCUGCUCGAGUCUGCUGAGGCUGUGGCGGGCGAGGCUGCGGAGGAUGCAGUGGCGGAGGCGCAGGCAGAGGCGGCGGCGGUGGCGGUGGCGGAGGCGGAGGCGGAGGCGGAGGCGGAGGCGGAGGCGGAGGUGAGGGAGGCGGCGAGUACGGCGGCGAUGGCGGAGGAGGUGGCGGAGGAGGUGGCGGUGGCGGUGGCAGAGGCCGCCGCACCGCCCCGUGCAGUCGACCUCGGCUGCGGCAAGGGCCGCGACGCCGUCUACUUGGCGUCGCGCGGCUGGAGCGCGCCUCCGCUGCAGCUGGUGUCGCUCGCGCGCUUCCUGAGCCGCUCACUCCUGGACGAGGUGGUCGCGCUGAUGCCGCUCGGCUGCUGCGUCGCGGGCGGCAACCCGGACUCGUGCGGCCUCGCGGCUGGCGAGCUCGCGGCGAGGCUAGCCACCGUCGUGGCAAUGCCAAUGGGCAAGAAGGGAGUCGGAUUUGGCUGA